CUCGAUCUUUGGACUCUGCCCCGGGCCGGCUCACACCUUAUUCCAGGAGACUCAUAGCAAGCAGAGGCUUCUCUGCCCACCUGAGUCCUGGAUCCUUCAUAAACAACAGACCAGAAGGGGAUUCUUCAUCAACCAGCUGGACACCUCCAUAUCACCAGCCCCUGCCCUCUGGCUGCUCCUGCCCGGGGAAAGGCCUGGAGGAAGAGGCCAGGAAAGGAAGAGACCUGUCCCUCUCCUCUGUCCCUCCAUUGACCCAGCACCAGCAUCUGGAGACUCCAUGGCCUGGGCUUCCUGGGGCUGCUGCCCCUGGCUUGUCCUCCUCUCUGUUUGUGCCUGGGGCCAUGCAAAUCCAGUGGACCUGAGAAGAGAGAACGUGAGAAACUGUUCAACGAGCCCUCAUUACCUUCCAGUUACUGUGGUCAAUACUACGAUGCAGCUCACAGCCCUUCGCCAGCAGCUGCAAACCCAGAACCUCUCUGCCUACAUCAUCCCAAACACGGAUGCCCACAUGAGUGAGUACAUUGGCGAACAUGACAAGAGGCUUACAUGGAUGACAGGCUUUACAGGGUCUUCAGGAACUGCAGUGGUGACCAUGGGGAAAGCAGGUCUCUGGACUGACAGCCGCUACUGGACCCAGGCUGAGCAAGAGAUGGACUGCAAUUGGGAGCUCCAUAAGGAAGGUAAAGGGGCUGCAUGGAUUUGUUCCCUAAGUCCUGGAACCCAGGCUACGGUAAGUUCGAGGAUCCUCUUCUCCAUUGGCACCUGGAAGAGUUAUGACACGGCCCUCCAAGGCUCUGACAGAGAGCUGGUGUCAAUCACAACCAACCUUGUGGACCUGGUGUGGGGUUCAAAGAGGCCUCCAGUUCCAAGCCAGCCCAUUUAUGUCCUGCAGGAGGCAUUCACAGGGAGCACCUGGCAGGAGAAAGUAUCUAACAUUCGCAGCCAGAUGCAAAAGCAUCGCAAGGCCCCAACUGCUGUGCUUCUGUCAAUGCUUGAUGAGACAGCCUGGCUCUUCAACCUGCGCAGUAGUGACAUCCCUUAUAACCCCUUCUUCUAUUCCUACACGCUGCUCACGGACUCGUCCAUCAGGUUAUUUGUAAACAAGAGUCGCUUUAACUCCGAGACCCUGCAGUAUCUGAACUCUAGCUGCACAGGACCCAUGUGUGUGCAACUUGAAGAUUAUAGCCAAGUCUAUGAUAGCGUCCAAGCCUACGCCUCAGGAGCUGUGAGGAUCUGGAUUGGGACCAGCAAUACUAUGUAUGCGUUUUACAACGUGAUACCCCAGGAUAAAAUCAUAGCAGAAACCUACUCCCCAGUGAUGGUAACCAAGGCGGUGAAAAACAGCAAGGAGCAGACUCUCCUCAAGGCCAGCCACGUGCAGGAUGCUGUGGCAUUGAUCUGCUACUUGGUCUGGCUGGAGAAGAACGUGCCCAAAGGCACAGUGGACGAGUUCUCAGGGGCACAACAACUGGACACAUUCCGAGGAGAAGAAAAGUUUUCCUCUGGACCCAGUUUCCAAACCAUCUCUGCUAGUGGUCUGAACGCUGCCCUGGCCCACUACAGCCCAUCAAAGGAGGUACACCGCAAGCUGACUUCAGAUGAGAUGUACCUGGUGGAUUCUGGGGGACAAUACUGGGGCGGAACCACAGACAUCACCAGAACAGUCCACUGGGGCACUCCGUCUGCUUUCCAAAAGGAGGCAUAUACCCGCGUGUUGAUAGGAAAUAUCGAUCUUUCCAGACUCAUCUUUCCUGCUGGUACAUCAGGACCAAUGUUGGAAGCCUUUGCCCGAAAAGCCUUGUGGGAAGUUGGGCUCAAUUAUGGCCACGGGACAGGCCAUGGCAUUGGCAACUUCCUGUGUGUGCACGAGUGGCCAGUGGGAUUCCAUUCCAGCGGCCUUACUAUGGGCAAGGGCAUGUUCACUUCCAUCGAACCUGGUUACUAUCAGGAUGGCGAAUUUGGGAUCCGUCUUGAAGAUGUGGCCCUCGUGGUCGAAGCAAAGACCAAGUACCCAGGGACCUACCUGACCUUUGAAGUGGUGUCAUUGGUACCCUAUGACCGGAAUCUCAUUGAUGUCAGACUGCUGUCCCCAGAGCAGCUCCAAUACCUGAAUCGCUACUACCAGACCAUCCGAGAGAAGGUGGGCCCAGAGCUGGAGAAGCGCCAACUACUGGAGGAACUCAAGUGGUUGCAGCAGCACACAGAGCCCUUGUCUGCGAAGGCUCCACGCACGACCUUUUUGGCCUCUCUGUUGGCAGUCUCCACUCUUGCCAUCCUUGGCUGGAGUGUCUAGAGGCCCGGGACUCCCCUGCUAACCCUGUCACUCAGCUCCCUUCACCCUGCACCACCCAUGCCCUAAGAGCUUCUGCUGGCCCAUUGCCUGGAAACCUUUGUCCUCAGCUUCCUUCUCCAGGACCAAGCCCCAGCCUCUCAGGGCUUCUUGGGCUUAUACACCUCACCCUCAGUUCCCAACCCCAGGAUAGGAGAGCCAGCUAGUUCCUUU